UUGCCAUUAAAUAAAUACUACAUUAACAGAACUUGCAAGAGCAGCCAACUAACAAAAGAAGGAAAAAUUUCCUAUGGAAAUGUUAGUGACUGAAAUGCAUAUGAUUUCUAUAACAGCACUACAAUGUUUCUUUCAAUGAGCGGCAACAACGACUUCUCAAAAAUGUUUGUCUUAUAAGCGAGAAAUACCAGCUGGUAAAUUGGUCUACUAAAAUUCGACCUUUUGUCCCAUUCGACCUUUCAUCCCAUUCGACCUUUUGUCCCAUUCGACCUUAUGUCCAUUCGACCUUCUGUCCAUUCUAUCUUUUGUCCUUCGACCUUUUGUCCUUCGACCGUUUGUUCUUCGACCUUCUGUCCUAAAGCCGAAUCUGGGGCUGACAAAUCGGGUCUUCACUGUAUUUUAUUCAAGGAAAAUGUAGAUCCGUUUUCUUCCUCAUCACUAACAGUUUCAUUCCAUUUAUCUGACAUUUGUUUCAUCUGUAUCAAUUCAGUACCCCUCUUAGAAAUCGACCAAUUUAUUUGGUGAAACGAACAGCUGCUAGUUAUUAGCUUUCAAGAUUAUUGGCGUAACUAGGUCAUAGCUCUAGGGGGGGGGGGGGGGCAAGGCCAUGUCGAUAUAGAUUUUUUAUACUGAAAAGAUACUUUUUGCCUGAAUUGCGUGAUUUUUUUCCAAAAUGGAUUAUUCUGGAGGGGGCCAGGCCCCCCCCUGGCCACCCUCUAUUUACGCCAAUGUUCAAGAUGUCUUGGAACGAAUUGCCACCAUCAAACUCAUUUGUUGAUUGCGCUUCUAAAAAUAAUCCUACCUAGAUUUCGCGAAUCGGCAGCAGCCACCCUUGUCAACCAGCUUAGGCUUAAGUGGUGUUUUAUGCCACCACAUUACCCUCGCGAUUUUUUUUUUGUUCCAAAAAUAGAAAUUAAUCGUUUUGCCGACACCUUUGCCGGUGUCUCUUUGGAUGACUGAAAUAUUGUCCAACGUGCGUGGGACAUACAACUUUCGCGGCUUCGAAACCCGAUUCCUUUAUUAUCAUGCUAAUGCUAAAGAGUUGCACCAAUACUAAUUUAUUUGUUUUGGUAUUUGCGAAAUGUUGAAACCGAUUUAAUUUUUUUUUUUUUUAAUAAAUUGAGAGUAUGGGUUUAGGUUGUUUUUAUUAGCAUGAGAUUCGACAAAAACAUGAAUUUAAUAAAACUGAUAAAGAGUGACGCUCUGUAAAGGAAAUCCUAAAGCGUAACCGAUGUAUAACGUAGGACACUCUUCCAACCUGCGCCCCUUCAAAGACGACAACGACAUGCUGCAGUGCAUUCUCCGCUUCGACAGUCGUUCCACAUGAGGGCGGACGCGACGACAACGACGACGGUAGGUAACUGCUAUCUAUCCACCCUGCAUAUCUGUGAUUCCCGCUACAUCCCACACUGCUGUUUCGGAGUCAUGUUGCUUCGCAUUCAAGCAGUCAAGUUGAAGCUUACGAAAAAAGAACAUCACUCCAUCCUUCCCCAACCAUCAAAAGACUAAACCGAACGGUGGCAUCCGGAAGAGUUUUUGUCGCCAACCUGCUGCACUCGGGUUAGUUCUUCUUCAGCCCGGAAUCCAAGUGCCCGCGUUUUUGUGUCUGGACGUGAAACUGCCGCCGUGACUGAGUGGUGACUUGUGGAGAGAGUGGAUCAGGUUUCACCCCCGAGCAAAAAUCCACACGCGGAAGUGGUGAGUGAGACACCGGGCUUUCGACAAUGAAACGAAUGCGGUUGGCGGCCGUGGUGGUGCUUCUGUUGGUGCUGGUGGUCAUCGGGGGACCGGAUCCGGUUGGGGGAGACUUCGUCCAGGACAUCAAAAACGGUGUCCGAAUGGCGGGUAGCUUGUUCGGAAUCGAGACCAUAACGGACGUGGCAGAUCUGGUGGCGAAGGGGUUCUCCAAGCAAGGGAUUUUCCUCAAACCGCAGGAGAACACGCCGCUCCAGCAGAAGGCUGCCUCGAUGAUGGUUCUGAUUUGGAAGCUGAUCGGACUGGAUGGAAGCAAGCUGGGUGCGUUGAUAAUGAAUGCACUGAUUUUCGUGGCUCACGUGAUCGCAACGAACCUUGGAACCCUGAAGAAGCCAGGCCUGGACGAGAACAACGACCUGGAAUUCACAAAGGCGGAAGAAUCGUCCAUUCUGCAGUCGGAGUCCCCCCUGGACUGGCUCUUAAACAACCCACCGAAACAGUUCGAUGGCAUGCUGAACACAAUCCAGAACACCAACAUUACAGAUUACCUAGAAUCUGACCUAGCCAACCUGGAGAACACCCCAGUCGAUGACUCCGGUUGCAUCCGAUUGCUUAUCUGCAAAAUCAAACCCUUCAUCUGGAAAAUGCAACAGGUGGUUCGGGAUAGGUUGGCUACGGGUAGAGAGGAAAAUUCGGAGCCCCAUGACGACGAGCAGGAAAGCAUAGCGGAAUUAAUUUUCCGGAACGUCCCAAAGUUGGCCGAGUUUCAAGCGAACGGAGCUCAAUGCGAGGCGCAGUUUAAGCACUGCAUUCGUCGGUUCGGUUGAGUGAUAGGAGAGUGGGAGGCUCAGGUCUAUUUAGCUCGAAAUGAGUGUUAAAUUUAGUAAAACAGUAUUGUUACUUGAAUAUUUUGAGAUUGUUAUUGCCUAAAUUAGUACAAUAUGAAUAUUGAAUUGAAUAUAGAUUUUUAUUUGUUGAUUGUUUUAUUUUUAUAA